UUCAUGUCUCUAGUCUUCUAAAGACACUUCUAGAGUUAACCAUCAACCGCUUUGUAGCCACAACAGCAGCCAUUUUUAAUUGAUCAUUGUCGCAUAAGAUUUCUCAGGUUUUUACUUGAUUUAGUUGGUGGUAACACAAUGGAUAUACCAGAACCAUAUCAGCAAUUGAUACCUUUGUACAAAAAGCUUGAAACAAGUUUAUCUGUGAUCAAUGUUGGGAAUUCUGCUUAUGAUGAAUCAUGUCUCAAAUGUUCUGAAGUAAGCAAAAAAUUGAAAUAUUUAGAUUCAUUUUUGGAAUUGACUGACUCACUUAAAUCAGUUGUACCAAAAGGACAAUCAACCACGGCUGAAAGAGAUUUUUUUCUGGAAUGUUAUGAUAGAACAUCAAAAGAUUUUCCUGUACUUUCACCAGCAGAGCCUAAACACAAAAUUGAGGAUUUAAUCAAAAAUGUUUUAUUACACGGUCCAGAUAUUAAAGAACAGAUGGAAAUGGAGUUGGAACAUUGCCAAGAAAAAGUUAAAAAUAAUUUGAAAGUUAUAGAGGUUGCAAAAGUUAAAGCAGCUACCAAUUUAGACAAGUACGCUCGAGAAUUUUCUUUAUUUGUUGAUUCACACGUAAAAUUCAUUGAUAAACUAUCAUCAAAUAUUAAUCGUACUAGAUAAAUAAUAAUUCAUCAAUUGCAAGUAAAUUAAUAAACAAAAAAACCAUUAAAAAAAAUAAAAAAAAAUAAAUUAAAUAAAAAAAUAUCAACGUUAUCAAUGCACAAUGAAUUAUUAAAUAUAAAUAGCUCAAAAUAUUGAAUAAUACCUGAUAAUACCAAUGAAAUAUCAAAUUGUUAUUAUGUUAUGUUUAUUAUUAUUAUUUGUAUCAUUAAAUAUCAAAAGUAUUGACAAAAGUGAUAUGAAUUAAUCAAAAAUGAAAGAAAAAAAAAAUAUAAAACGUAAUAAUAAUGAUCAAUGAUUAUAAUUAAAAUAAUUAAAAUUUUCAUGUAAUUUUUAAUUAUCAAGUACAAUUUAGUUAUAAUUAAUUAAUAAACAAUCAUUAAUAAUAAUAU